CACACAGACCGCUACAGUCCAAACUGCGAUCGCUCCUUUCGAAUACCUGUGGUUUUUAGCUGUGAUGCGAUCACUGUCCAAGCAAUUAUUAUCUGCUCUAACGGCGAAAGAAAUGAUUGAGCUGACGGCGAGUACUGGUGACAUACUUAAAUUUACUAUUGCUAGUCGUUUCGAAACUCGUACACACAAUGAUAUUAUUUAAUUAAUUGAUAGCAAUCAUUGUAAUUAAAAUAUGCUGCGAAAAUAAAAUUAAAAAAAAUGAUAAUAUAAAAUAUGUUACUUAAAUAUUGAAAUAAAUAUUAUUUAUGUGUAAUAGAAAAUCACUAUCGUUAAGCUAUAAUACAUGUUACUUGUAAAGUUAACACUAAAAAAAAAUUAAAAUUGUGCAAAGAAAAAUUACUAUUUUAACAAAACAUUAAGAUAAGAUGUGGGAAAUAUCGUGUCAUUUUCCUUCUUUUCGUUAGUUAUAAUAACUAUAAAAUACUAAAGAAUUUCUCUAGAAGAUAUGAUUCAGAAGUAAAUUACAAUUUAAAAAAAAAAGUUCUUAUUAGAGACUAAACGUUUGUAUUAUUUCUGUGGGAACAGGAGCUGUGGUCUAUCGGCCAGUGAAUAACUUAUUGGAGUUCAGUUAUUCUAUGAACCGCUUCGAAGUAGUAAUGAAUAUAUCCUCGACAAUAAAAGAAAAGAACAUGUGUUGUCAUUGGUUGUUUCACGGGAACCGAAGCUCUGUUGCUAUUGGUGGUUUUGGUAGCAUUCAUACAUAGUUUACUGAAAGCUGCUCUGUCAUUGGUGGUAUGGGAGCAAUCGCAAUUUCCUAACUCCCAUGUUUGCCACAUCGGCUGGAGCGCUAUUUACGUCGCACACAAGACUGCGACCGAUGAUAUUGCUACUCUGACCGCAGAUACUUCGUGAGAUGAAUCACAGACUGUGACUGUGAUGUUUGAUGUCUGCGACUAAAUCACAUGUUGUUGAUUUUUCGACCCAUCUGUAACACUUACUCGCCCCUCGAUCGCCUCAGCGCCCGUACCAAUGUGCUUCCAUCGCUACACUUGCCACACGAGCGUACGCUGUAUUUCAUUUGGCAUGGAGGGGGAUAGAACAACCUCCUUUCCCACUGUUUGCUUUCAAACUAUUUCCUGUUGUUGGUGGGAACGAUAGAUUUUUUUAUUAUAUUACCCCCUCCCUUUUUGUAUACACUCCUGUUUGCUAGUUCUGUGUUCUGAAGUCUAAAUAAACAGUAGAAGCACAAAAUAAUUCUUUUUUCAAAAAAAUACCCAUACUGCAUUAUUUUAAAUUACUUGAUUUUAAUAAAAGUAAAGAUAAUUUCUACAAAUAAACGUGAAUAAAAUAAGAAUCAAAUAUUGUCCAAUCUCUUGUGAGCGAGUAUGAGUGUAGCGCAAGCUGUCGAAUAGCUAGUAAACUCAUCCAAUGUGGUUCAGUUUUGUGACAAGGGAUUCACAAUCAAGAGGACACGGGUUGGAAUUCCAAUCCAACGAUUUAGUUUUCAUUUUACAUGGACACCCAUAAUCACUCCAUGAUAAUUCAUCGAAGGUUCUCAUCAGGCGGCCUCUUAGAAACGAGCUGCUCUUAUAGCUUGCAAGGCAUAACAGUUCUUGUCACGGCUACAGGGAGAAUUACAGGCGACGGGCGUGGAUCAAAGCGGGUAUAAGACGAGCCCACAUGCGUGCUCACAAAGACUCGGGGAAAAAUCAGUUCUGGCGUUGGGAAUGGUUGAGGGAGACUAUCCUGACAAAUAUUAAGUGGAAGUGUGCAGAGAGCGAAUAAAGUUUAAUUUUUAGUUAUAAAAUUACUGGUAAAAUUAUGGUUCAAAAUUUAAAUUUAAAAUUGUUACAAAAAUGCUAAUUGGUGACUCAUUAGUUAACACUGUAUGUCAUAGAGAAACCUCAAGAAUUAACAACAUAGAUGACUACAUUAACAAACGGAAAACUAGCCAUAAUCAGUUCAUGUCAAAUUGAAAUGCCCAAAAAGCACAGAGAAUUCCGUGGAAUAAUUAAGUCAUGAUGAUAUUACAUAGACUAGCAUACUAGACUCACAGUGACGACACAGCAACAAUAACAGUUAAUAGGCUACAUACAAAGAACAACAAACAGACGCAACUAUCUUUGAUUAUUAACAUAUCAUCUGUGCAACACGACAAGAAAGCGUCGCGCAGACAAACCCAGCGAAUAUCUGUUUUUAUUAUAAUCGUUGGUUCAUCUGAUUGUCACUGUUUUGUACAAUGUUGUUUUACUAUAUGUAUUUACUGCUAUUGUUGCAAUUGUUUCAUUGUUUCCAGCUUACUGUUUUCGUCCGUGCCGAAUAAUUUUUCUGACUAUUUAUUUUUUCCUGUCUAUUGUCUCUAGACAUUAAAAUUUAACAGUUGCUGUCAUUGGCUAUUUCUAUGCUUGUUUACGUAUUAAUCUUUGCCGUUCAUUCCUGAGGUUUUUCUACGACAUACAGUGUAAACCAGCAUAUCUUUAUUCUAUAAAAUUACUUUAAAUCCCUUUGCAAAAUCAUUCAAAAGAAUAGUGCUGUAAUGUUUAUUAACCAACCUCAAAAGCUGAUCAUCUGUAAAACGCUUCUUCCUCACAUCAAUCAGUGUGUUCGUCUUUAUACAUCAACUUACAGAAAAAGAGCACUAAGAAACUUUUUUAUGAGUAAAAAGGCAAUUCCCGAAUGAAAUUCUCGAUUACUAAGAUUGACCAACUUUUUAUUUCCAUUAAGGGGCCCGCCUACCUGGGCACACAUACGGUGUGCAUAGCUUCAGGAAAAACAACGCGAUUUCAAAACUACUCAAGAUAUCCGAGUGGGGCCUAUUUACGAAUAGCAUUUAAGAGUUCGCUGAGGACCGAAAAGUACUUUUAAUUUCGGAUUAAGUUUUUAAACUGUAUUUUUAGAAGCGUUAAAAUGCCUAAAACGCGUGUUUUCAGAGUAAUUUUUAGGCAUAAAACAAUCAGUACAGAUUCUUGAAAGUACUUAAGGGGCUUGCAUAACACCUUUAUCUUCAUUUCUCCGCCAUAUAAUGUUACGGUCACCGCUCAAAUUUCACAGUUAUCAUGUGACGACGAGACGAAUGCGCGCCAGUUCAGAGACUUGCGCUUAGAGGCUAUACAGCGCUAGAAGCACCAGCGAGCGUCGCGCUUAUCAUCCCGCCUCACUAACACACAUACACCCCUGACGAGGCGGGCCCCUUAAGGACCCAUGAAACAUAAAGAUAAUAGUUUUGUACAUUAGAAAAACAUUGGAUUUUGAUUCUAUAUUUUAUUAUAUUGGCCAUAAAUAUUUAUGACAAUUAAUAAUAGUUAAUGGAAUACACUUACUAAAACCAAAGUUUCUCUUAACCAAAACCAUGAUUAACACCAAUUCGCUGCGAUUUUAAUAAACAACGUAUAAAAGGUGUACCGAACCUUUUGACGAUUUAAAAACUUAAAUUAUCUUUUUUUGUACCGAUUUUUAAUCCCAUACAGCAUUUUUUCUCUAAGAAAGACCUGCAAAAUUUGUUGUGAAACAGCCCCCCCUUCUCUCUGGCAGCGCCAUCUGCAAUCAGCACGCAAGUGCAGCUGUUACUCGCAUUUGACUCUUUCCCACUCACGCUGCCAGUCUGACCUUGGCAGAAAUUACAUUCUGUCGAAAAUAACACUCCGUACUAAAGAGAUUCGUUUUAAAGCUAAACUUUCAUUUGUGCAACGAACUAAACUUAAGGGGAUUGGUGCACCAGCAUCGUAUUAAAAAAAACAAUAUAUUUGGUAAUUAUUCAGCUGCUAGAGAAGAUUUGAACCAUUCUGGUGUAAAAUUUUUAUUUUAUUUUUUUAUUUUAAUUAAGUUAUUGCUGAUUUUCGGGAAUUUUUUAAAUUCAAGCUUUAUUAAAAAACUAUAAAGAAUUCAAUGGUAAAACUUUCGCAGAUAAAUUUUCAGACACGGGAGAUAUGACUGUGGCCAUUAUUUUAUCUGUAAUCAUUAUUAAUUUAACGUAUUUACAAUUUGAAUUUUAAUAAAUGAGCUGCUACGAAAUUGCGUGAUAUUCAUUUGCGAAUUUAAUAACAUUCGCGUUUUCAUUUGUAAUUCAAACGCCUACAUAUAUGUCGGCUGAAUGAUUGACUUUAUUUUAGUCUUUAGCUUAUUGCAGUCGGACCUAAAGUAAAAACGUAGCUGUAGAAAUUUGAGCAGCGUGCAAGCUCGGAUACGAGGAAUUAUGGAGCGCGCUGGACAGUAGUGACACCUUGCGACAGUUUCUCUAACUUUUUGCAGCCUGCCACAGCUGUCUGCUGUUUACGAAGGGGAGAUGGGAUUUCGCGGGAAACUGAUAUGAAGGUCAACGUACUCAUUUUCAGUAGAUAAGAGAACGUGUUUGGUCUAGCUCGGCGUAUAAUUGAAUGGUUAUUCUCUGUUAUUAUUUAGCACAGUGAUUUAGUUAGAUGUUUUUUGUUGUAAGCGUGAGAUUUAUUCAGGAAUAAAAUGCCGAAGAAACCUCCACCAAGCAGAGUACACAAAAGAACAAAACUAUCGAAAGCCCUUAUAGCACUUAGAAAAAAGAAUAAAGAAAGAUAAGAGAUUAUUUUAUUAUAGCUUUUUUUUAUCAUACAUUUAUUUUUCAGAGUUGCGUAUGUACAACGCGAUGGACGCGAUGCGACAGCAGAAAGAUGUGUAAAAUUGUAAACAUGUUUUUUUUUUUUUCAGCAAUGCGUGAACCAUUCAUAAACUAUACUCAACAUGUAUCCGUAUAAUUACGUUUGAAUUUUUUUUAUGACAGGCAUCAAUGUUAACAAGUUUAUUAAGCCACAAUAGACUUUUUUCAGAAAAAUAAGUGUAGCAGAAAACACUCAACAUAGUCUCACACAAAAUCAGUUUACAUGAAUGCAGUUUUAAGAAGUAAGCUACGUAAAUAAUAGUUAAACAUUAUUUAAUAUCUGCUGGUAACGUUUCCAAAGUAUCAGCUUCGCCUUCAUUCACGAACAAUAUUCGUGAGCUUAUUUAUUUAUUUUGCUGGCGUUUCGUUGGUGACUGUUAGGACUGCAAAAUUAGUAAACAUUUUUCACCCUAUCCUGAGUUAAAUCUAAGUGUGCGCGGUUAGAUGAGGACCUAGAUAUGUCUCAGGCUUACGCCUUUACACUCUACUCAUGCAUUAACCAUGCGCGUAAGGGCGCGCUGCCAUUGACCUGUAGGAUAGUCUCAACAAUCCUCUACGGACUCGAAAAAUGUCACCUGCUCAUUGGCUACUUGACUUGUGACAACUGUUUGUUGUAAUGCCUGUGAUUCAUCGUUGAUUUUGUUGAGGAGUUUUCAGUGAUUCAGAGCCUCCCAUUUAACUGUGGCCGUAUUGAAGAAGCAGUACAAAUGUUACAUGCUUGAAUUCAUAGCGAAUGGAAACCACAAAUAUUUACUGAUGUAAUGGUUGGUAAAAAAAAAUAUUAUUCGUAUCGCGUCCAUCGCUUCGCACCAUGUUGGCUCCUAUAUUAUAUGGAUUUACAAAAUAUAACGAUUUAUUUACGACACUUAAGAUAAGGUGUGUAGGAUUUUAAGAAUUCACUUGAAUUGAUAUUUAAGAACAUAUUUCAGGAUAACUUGUGAAGAAGCUCGUACAGAUGGCACCGGUUGUGAUGACUCAUUGUCACCAGAGCAGGGGCCAUCUCGUGUACACGAAGUGGUAUGCGAAACCUCAACACAACUCGAAAAUCACAGGUGACGUACGACGACGUGCUGCCCUACCUGGGGCAGUUCGGCCGCUACCAGAAGCGCAUCUUCGUGCUGCUCUGCCUGCCCACCGUCUCGUGCGCGCUGCACAAGCUGGGCGGGGUCUUCCUGCAGGCCAGGGCGCAGCACAGGUGCCGGCUGCCUCACGAGGAGGGCAACGUGACGUUCGAGGCGGCGGCCGGCGACUGCACUCUGCCCGACAACUCCUCCUGCGCCAGCUGGGUGUACGACACCGCCGCGCACGGCAGCACCGUCACCUCGGAGUUUGACCUUGUAUGUAAAGACGCAUGGUUUCGAGCUAUGGCAGAUUCUCUCUUCAUGGUGGGCGUUCUACUGGGUUCCAUUAUAUUUGGAGAACUGUCAGACAGGUAUGGUCGCCGGCCAACUUUCUUCACCUCGCUGGUGCUGCAGGUAGCAGCUGGUCUGCUGGCCGCCGCGGCCCCCAACUUCACCUGCUACAUUAUCGCCAGGAUGCUCAUAGGCGCCUCCACAUCCGGUGUCUUCCUGGUCGCCUACGUCCUGGCCAUGGAGAUGGUGGGGCCCCGCAAGAGGCUGCAUGUCGGCGUGAUCUGCCAGUUCUUCUUCACGGGGGGCUACAUGCUCACCGCCCUCUUCGCCUACUUCAUCAGAGACUGGCGCAUGCUGCAGGUGGCGCUCUCUCUCCCGGGGGUGCUGUUCCUCUCCUACUGGUGGUUCGUGCCGGAGUCGGCCCGCUGGCUGCUGGCGCAGGGGCGCCACGAGGAGGCGAGGCAGCUGCUGCUCAAGGCCGCUGUCGAGAACCAGGCCACGAUACCCGAGGACGUCCUGCGCCGCCUGGCCGCGCCCGCCCUCAAGCCCGCCGCCGCUCAGGACCACAAGCCCUCGGUGCUCGACCUCGUCAGGCACGCCAACCUGCGUAGCAAGGCGCUCAACAUCUUCUUCUGCUGGUUUGUAAACAGCGGCACCUACUACGGCCUGUCAUGGAACACUUCAAACCUGGGCGGUAACGAGUACAUCAACUUCAUAAUCUCGGCGGCGGUCGAAUUCCCCGCCUUCUUCUUCCUGCUGCUUACACUGAACAGAUGGGGCCGCAAGUCCAUCCUGUGUGGCUGCAUGUUGACGGGCGGCGUGGUUCUGAUGCUGACCCUGCUGGUGCCUUCCGGCAUGAACUGGUUGGUAGUGACGCUUGCGAUGGCGGGGAAGAUGGGCAUCACGGCAUCGUACACCACCGUGUACAUCUUCUCCAUAGAGCAGUUCCCCACCGUCGUCAGGAACGUGGCCUUGGGCGCCAGUUCCACCAGCGCCCGGAUUGGAGGGAUCCUGGCACCAUGCGCCAACCUCCUGGCUGACUACUGGCAGCCUCUGCCGCUGCUGAUAUUCGGGUCGCUAGCAGUGUCCUCUGGCCUGCUGACUCUGCUGCUGCCGGAGACACUCAACAGGAAGCUGCCAGACACCAUCGAGGAGGGCGAGCAGUUCGGCAAGAGCUGCUCCCAGCAGCAGUUGACGUCCUGCAGCAGUAGCGGGGAGCUGUGCGGCGCCGACAAAGAGUGCGCGCCCUCCAAGCAGCGAUAGCCGGCCGCUGCUGUGGCGCUGUGCUAGCGCCUUCCUUCAUAGCGACGACCUCCUGCUUUCUGUGAACUGAGCCAGUGAAGCGCUGCUAGCUUGUUGGAGCGUGCUUCAAGCGCAUUGCUAACAGUCGCGUGCGGUUCCAUUGAAUUUUAUUGUACAUUCUUGUUAUAUUGUAAGAGUAUUUUUUUCACUCUUAAUGUCACUUACGGCUCUAUAAUGUAUUCUAUUGUUUCCAAAAGUGUAGUGAACGGAUAUUACUACAACAUAAAACGAUCGUGAACUCUUAUUUAUUUAACUAUCAACCUUUAAAAUGGUUAUAUUUUAUUUUUAAUGUAUAAAAAGACUUUUAAAUGUUUUUUUAACAUUACCCAUUGCUGAAUGAUCAAAUGUAGCAUAUGAAAGUAAGUACAAAGAUAAAAAGAUUAAAUUAUAAGAAUAAAUAUUUCAAUGUCCUUCAACCAAAAGUCUCAAUAAAUUCACGUAAUAUAAACAUUUAGUUCGAGAGCUUUAAAUAUAAAUAUAUAUAUAUAUAUAUAUAUAUAUAUAUAUAUUCUGUAACCUGACUUGUUAUUUUGUGCAUGUAAAAGUAAAACAGUGUUUUAUUAAAAAAACUAUUAAAGAAAAUCUUUUAAACUUGGAAA